CAGUGGUAGUGGCAGUAGUACCAUUGUUUUUUUCUUUUCAUCAUCGUUUUUAGUGAUGAUCAUUCACUGGAAAGGAAAACAGAGCAAGCGGUGAAAUAGAACAAUCAUGGCACCUUGAAAAGUUCAUAUAUCCAUUCAUCCCCAUUCACCACUCGCAGAAAGAAGAAGAAGACGAAGAAGAAGAAGAAGAAGAAGAAGAGGACGAGGAAGAAGGGCAAAGGGUGCAGUGUGGUUCCGGAAAAGCUUGGCGAAUGCCGUGUCGUUUACUGGCUCCGGCCUCCAUAUUCUUGCAGGAAGCGGGGAAGCAAUAACAAACUCAACCGGAAAAGCAAACCAACUGUUUGAAGCCAUUAAUAUAAUAUCCAUAGCUUGAAGAAAGUCUCUGUGCGGCAUCAACAAGGAAUCCUCCAACAGUUUCUAAGGAAGAGGGAAUUGGCAAUGAGAGAGAGGAAGAAGGAGGCGUACCGUUCACUGCUGUUGCUGUUGCUGCUGGGGAGUCUCGUCGCACCGUCAUUCUGCGCUAAUGUCACGUACGACCAUAGGGCCCUCGUCGUCGGUGGAAAGCGCCGGGUGCUCAUCUCCGGCUCCAUCCACUAUCCCCGCAGCACUCCCGAGAUGUGGCCGGACUUGAUACAGAAAUCCAAGGAUGGAGGACUAGAUGUGAUUGAGACAUACGUCUUCUGGAACAUACACGAGCCAGUCCGAAACCAGUAUGAUUUUGAAGGGAGUAAAGAUUUGGUGAAGUUUGUGAAGCUAGUGGCUGAGGCGGGUCUGUUGGUUCAUUUACGUAUCGGUCCUUACGUAUGUGCAGAAUGGAACUACGGUGGUUUCCCCCUGUGGCUGCAUUUUAUACCUGGAAUCGAGUUUCGGACAAAUAAUGAACCAUUCAAGACUGAAAUGCAGCGAUUUACGGCCAAGAUUGUUGAUAUGAUGAAGCAGGAGAAUCUCUAUGCCUCCCAAGGAGGGCCAAUCAUACUAUCUCAGAUUGAGAAUGAAUACGGGAACAUUGAUUCGAGUUAUGGCGCUGGAGCUAAGCCCUACAUUAACUGGGCAGCUUCUAUGGCUGUAUCUCUGGAUACAGGGGUCCCCUGGGUGAUGUGCCAACAAGCAGAUGCUCCUGAUCCAAUAAUUAAUACUUGCAACGGGUUUUACUGCGACCAAUUUACCCCGAAUUCGAAUGCGAAGCCCAAAAUGUGGACCGAGAACUGGAGUGGAUGGUUCCUUUCCUUUGGGGGGUCUGUUCCCUACCGCCCAGUUGAGGACCUCGCCUUCGCUGUGGCUCGGUUUUUCCAACGUGGAGGAACUUUUCAAAACUAUUACAUGUAUCAUGGCGGAACCAACUUUGGUCGGACAAGUGGUGGACCUUUUAUAGCUACAAGUUAUGACUACGACGCCCCGAUUGAUGAGUAUGGGAUUAUCAGACAACCUAAGUGGGGCCACCUAAAAGAUGUGCACAAGGCAAUUAAGCUCUGUGAAGAAGCGCUUAUAGCCACCGAUCCAGCGAUUUCCUCUCUUGGUCCUAACUUGGAGGCAGCUGUUUAUAAAACCAGUUCGGGACUAUGUGCUGCCUUUCUUGCCAAUAUAGGCACCCAGGAUGCAACUGUUAACUUCAAUGGCAACUCAUAUCAUAUGCCCGGUUGGUCCGUUAGCAUAUUACCAGAUUGCAAAAGUGCUGUUCUGAAUACUGCAAAGAUUAAUUCUAUGGCUGUGAUCCCAAACUUUGUUCGUCAACCUCUGCAAGUUGAUUCCUCCGAUGCAGUUGGCUCUGGUUGGAGCUGGAUCAAUGAGCCAAUAGGGAUUUCGAAAGACGAUGCACUUGUGAGACCAGGAUUGCUCGAGCAAAUAAAUACUACUGCUGAUAAGAGUGAUUACUUGUGGUAUUCGUUAAGUCUUGAAGUUGAAGGUGGGUCCAGUGGAUCUCAGGAUGCUCUUCACGUGGAAUCGCUGGGCCACGGUCUUCAUGCUUUUGUGAAUAAGAAGCUUGCAGGGAGUAAAGCGGGAAGCUCCAGUAAUGCUAAGGUUGCAGUUGACAUCCCGAUCUCGCUCAUACCCGGAAAGAACACAUUUGAUCUCCUGAGUUUGACUGUGGGACUUCAGAACUAUGGAGCAUUUUUUGACAAAACUGGUGCAGGGAUCACUGGACCAGUAAAGCUGAAGCGCUCAGCAAACGGAACCACCAUUGAUCUUUCUUCUCAGCGGUGGACUUAUCAGAUCGGACUGAAAGGUGAAGACUCGGGCCUGUCGAGUGGAAGUUCUUCCCAGUGGACAACACAACCAAGUCUGCCAAAGAAGCAACCCUUGACCUGGUACAAGACUACUUUUAGUGCUCCUGCGGGAAGUGACCCUGUUGCCCUUGAUUUUACGGGAAUGGGGAAGGGCGAAGCAUGGGUGAAUGGGCAGAGCAUUGGAAGAUAUUGGCCUACUAAUAUCUCCCCCAACAGUGGCUGCACCGAUUCUUGCAAUUACAGAGGAGCCUAUAACUCCGACAAAUGCCGUAAGAAUUGUGGAAAGCCUUCGCAGCAGCUGUACCACAUUCCACGUUCAUGGCUUAAACCGAGCGGCAACAUUCUUGUAUUGUUUGAGGAAAUUGGAGGGGAUCCGACAAAGAUAUCUUUCGCCACAAGGCAGGUUGGAACUUUAUGCUCCCAUGUCAGCGAGUCUCAUCCAUUACCAGUAGACAUGUGGGAUUCAGAUUCAAAGACGGGAAAAGGAUCGGGACCUAUCCUAUUCCUUGAAUGCCCGAGCUCCGAUCAAGUAAUUUCUUCGAUCAAAUUUGCGAGCUUUGGGACUCCCCAUGGGACCUGUGGAGGCUUCAGCCACGGAAAGUGCAGCAGCAGCAAAGCUCUUUCCACUUUACAGAAGGCGUGUGUGGGAUCGAGGAGUUGUAGCAUCGGAGUUUCAAUAGGGACAUUUGGUGACCCGUGUAAAGGAGUGACAAAAAGCCUAGCAGUUGAAGCUUCCUGUGCAUAAUAACACGAUGAUAUAUAAAUAAAUAUAUAUAUAUAUUAUUAUAAAAGAGAAGUGGUCUCAACGGCUCCAUUUCCUUCUCAUAAAUUUGGGAAAUAGCUCAAAAAUAAGUGCUGUACUCAACCAGUCAGAGUCAAUAGGUUUCUACUCUGACAACUGAUUUGGUUUAAUGUAACCUUAACAGAAGGAAUAUAUAUAGCAAAAGAUUCACAGUGCAUCAUCCUUACUCGCAAGAGAAAAUAUAGAUUGAAACUAGCUUUGUCCAGAGACAAAUUUAUCUUGUUUUUUAAUUCAUGCUGCGUGAAAUUUUACUCUUUAAUGAUCGGCCCGACUUUAACUGGAUUAGUCGAUGUCUAUUGAGUUUUGAAAUAUCAGAGUGCACAUCGAAAAUGUCUAAUUUGAGUUUUGUAGUUCUUGACAGUUGAAAUGGAGCAAAUAUUGUGCAGAGCCCAGUUCAUAAUCAGCCUGCUGCACGCACGGCAGGCCCAGAUAGCCCAGUUUAACUGAUCAAGGUGGGCCACCGAGUUCAUGGGUUUGACGACCAGCUCGUGAACUGAGUUCGAGCAGAUUCCUUCCAAGACCAGCUGGAAACAGCCAAUCCAUUCUCGAUUCUUCUUUUAUAGCCGAAUGAGCCAGCAAAGCAUUGCAAGUAGCAGCCAAGGGGAGCCGUGACCCGUGAGUUCACGCACGGCUUUAAUAACCACCGCUUCAGGAAGUCCAAGUCGAUAACCCUCUCGGUCCAGACCAUCAUCCAUUUCGACCAGAAAAAAAAAAAAAGG